UUUCUUUCGGCUCCAAAACCAUGUGACUCCCUCUGACAUAUGCUUCUUCCUCCUCUCUUUGAUUAGAUUUGUGUUUGUUUAUUCGGUUCCCCGAGUCAGCCGAGCGAGUUGACUCACCUGGAUGGCCUCCUCGUCCUCCAGAGCAAGGAGCAGCUCCCCAUUCUCGUCCUACCGCAAGCCUUCUAGUCCCUACUCCUCCACUUCCUCCUCCUCCUCCUUGAUCAACGGCGCACGCCCUCUCAUCCCGCGCUCCUGCUCCACCAGCUCAGCGACGUCGUUUUACAGCUCCGGAGGUGGACUCGGUCCCCGAUCCGCCACUCCCAGCCGCUCCCGAUCCGAAUCAAUGUACCAAGGCUCCCGCUCCUACGGCGCCGUCUCGCCGGUCGGGUUCGCCGCCGACGAGCUUAUGGCCGACUCGGUCGACGCCCCGAGGUCCGGGGAUAGUAUUUCGGUCACGAUUCGGUUCCGGCCUCUCAGCGAGAGGGAGUAUCAGAGAGGGGAUGAGGUCACGUGGUAUGCAGACGGCGAUAAGAUUGUGCGGAAUGCGUACAAUCCAGUUACGGCUUAUGCAUUUGAUAAAGUUUUUGGACAGGAUACGAAUUCACAAGAAGUGUAUGAGGUUGCUGCCAAACCUGUUGUCAAAGCUGCCAUGGAAGGUGUCAACGGCACUGUUUUUGCCUAUGGUGUGACAAGUAGUGGGAAGACACACACUAUGCAUGGAGAUCAAAACGCUCCAGGUGUUAUUCCGUUGGCUAUAAAAGAUGUAUUCAGUAUGAUCCAAGAUACCCCAGGAAGGGAGUUUCUACUACGGGUCUCGUAUCUUGAGAUUUAUAAUGAGGUGAUAAAUGACUUGCUUGAUCCAACAGGUCAAAAUUUGCGUGUCAGAGAAGAUUCACAGGGUACAUAUGUUGAGGGUAUUAAAGAAGAAGUAGUUUUGUCUCCAGGGCAUGCACUUUCGUUUAUUGCUGCUGGAGAAGAGCACCGUCAUGUUGGAUCAAACAAUUAUAAUUUGUUCAGUAGUAGAAGUCACACCAUAUUUACACUGAUGAUUGAAAGUAGUGCCCAUGGUGAUGAAUACGAUGGAGUGAUCUUCUCUCAACUUAACUUGAUUGAUCUAGCUGGAUCUGAGAGCUCGAAAACUGAAACAACUGGACUAAGAAGAAAGGAAGGGUCUUACAUAAACAAGAGCCUUUUAACUCUAGGAACUGUAAUUGGGAAGCUGAGUGAGGGAAAGGCAUCCCAUGUUCCAUAUCGAGAUUCUAAGCUCACCCGCCUUCUACAAUCUUCGCUAAGUGGGCAUGGACAUGUUUCACUUAUUUGCACCGUUACUCCUGCAUCAAGUAGCAUGGAGGAAACCCAUAAUACAUUGAAGUUCGCAAGCAGAGCAAAGCGAGUAGAAAUCUAUGCAUCACGUAAUAAGAUUAUUGAUGAGAAGUCUUUAAUUAAGAAGUACCAAAGAGAAAUUUCAGUCCUUAAAGAAGAGCUUGAUCAGCUAAGGAAGGGGAUGCUUGUUGGUAUCAGUCAUGAGGAAAUUAUCACUUUGAAGCAGAAGUUGGAAGAAGGCCAAGUCAAAAUGCAAUCAAGAUUGGAGGAAGAAGAGGAAGCAAAGGCUGCUCUUAUGAGUAGAAUCCAGAGGCUGACAAAGCUUAUUCUUGUUUCAUCGAAAAAUACAAUUCCCGGAUGUCUGAGUGAUAUUCCCACCCACCAACGACAUUUUUCAGUUGGUGAGGACGAUAAAACGGAAGUAGUGCGUGACGGAUCCUUGCUAAUAGAAAGUGAGAACCAGGACUCACCUUCUUCUGUGUCUGGGGUCCCAUCAGAUCUGUCUAAUGGUUUCAGGCACAAAAGAUCUUCCAGCAGAUGGAACGAAGAGCUCUCACCAGCUGGCAGUGCAAUUACAGAAUUAACUCAAGCUGUAACAGGAGGGAUGACAAUGACGGAUCAUAUAGACCUACUUGUCGAGCAAGUAAAGAUGCUUGCUGGAGAGAUAGCACUUGGCACCAGCACCUUGAAGCGAAUGGUGGAGCAGUCUGUGAAUGACCCUGAUAGCUCCAAAGUUCAAAUUGAAAACUUGGAACGUGAUAUCCAUGAAAAGAGAAGGCAAAUGAGGGUUUUAGAACAACGCAUCAAUGAAAGUGGCGAGGCUUCAGUCUCUAACGCAUCUUUGGUUGAGAUGCAGCAGACAGUAAAGAGACUGAUGACACAGUGCGAUGAGAAGGGGUUUGAGUUGGAAAUAAAAUCGGCAGACAAUCGUAUUCUUCAGGAGCAACUGCAGAAUAAGUGUGCUGAGAACUUGGAAUUGCAAGAAAAAGUGAAUCAGUUAGAGCGGCGCAUAGCUUCAUUACCUGGUGAGAAAUCAUCAGGGUUUUCUGAGCACAGUGUAUCUGAAGAGUAUGUUGAUGAAUUGAGAAAGAAAAUCCAGUCUCAGGAGAUUGAGAAUGAAAGACUAAAACUGGAGCAUGUUCAGUUCUCAGAGGAGAAUAGUGGGUUACAUGUGCAAAAUCAAAAGCUGGCUGAAGAAGCUUCUUAUGCAAAGGAACUGGCAUCUGCUGCUGCUGUUGAGUUGAAAAAUUUGGCCGGUGAAGUGACAAAACUGUCAUUACAGAAUGCCAAACUAGAGAAAGAGUUGUUGGCUGCUCGUGAGCUAGCUAAUAAUUCUAGAAGUUCUAACAUGCAUCCUGGUAAUGGCGUUAAUCGCAAGUACAAUGAUGGACUAAGACCUGGGAGAAAAGGGAGGCUUUCUGGUCGUGCUGGUGAUAUGCUAUCUGAUGACUUUGAGUCCUGGAAUCUUGAUUCUGAUGAUUUAAGGAUGGAACUCCAGGCUAGGAAACAGCGAGAGGCAGCUCUUGAGGCUGCUCUGUCUGAAAAGGAAUUUGUAGAGGCGGAAUACAGGAAAAAGGUUGAAGAUGCAAAGAAAAGAGAAGAAGCUCUGGAAAAUGACUUGGCAAACAUGUGGGUUCUGGUUGCAAAGUUAAAGAAAGAAGGUGGAGCUAUCCCUGAGACUACCACAGAAGAAAGACACAAUGAUGCCAUGGAAAACAAUAAUGGUUUUAAAACAAAUGACAGUGAGAGUAAUACUAUCCCCAAAGAGAGACAAACGUUGGAUGUUUCAAAACCAGCUAAUGAUGAAAUUCGCACUGAAGAACCGCUUGUUCUUCGCCUUAAGGCUCGAAUGCUAGAGAUGAAGGAAAAAGAGCUCAAACACCAGGGAAAUGGUGAUGGCAAUUCUCAUCUCUGUAAAGUAUGCUUUGAAGCACCAACUGCAGCAAUUCUAUUGCCUUGCCGGCAUUUUUGUUUAUGUAAGUCGUGCUCACUUGCUUGUUCCGAGUGCCCAAUUUGUCGUACAAAGAUUGCAGAUAGG